GCUCCAAACAUCGGCAUUGUACCCUUGACCUUAAAUACACCUAGGGGAGCAUGAAAAUGGCAAGUCCUAUAGAAUUAGCUCAUGCUGGAUUUUACCUUGUUCCUAACCCUACUUACUGUUUUGGGGGAAUAUUCUUUCUUUUCUCUUUCAGAGUUUAGCUUUCAGAUAUUUUACUUCGUGUGAAUUUCUCGUCCAUCGCCAAUAUGCAAAUGUUACAAUUUAUGUUAUUGUUAAUAAUUGUAUCUAGGGGCUCAGGACGUCUUGAGGAAAAUAUCAUAUUAAAACUUAUCAAGGGGUUUGCAGAUAUAAUAAAUCUAACCCAAAUCACAGCCUGCUUGCCCAUGCCAGGGUCAGCUGAUUCCUUCCUACCAAUUGGGCUUAUACCGUUAUAUGUAAAUUUUACUAGUGCUACUGAUAAAGGUGAAGCAAAUGGAAUGUAUGACGUAGACUUGACUGAUUAUAAUAACCAAUUAAAAGGGUGGAAGAAUGAAGACCACUCUUUAAAAUAUACAUAUCCAGUAAAUACAUCUUGGUGCAUAGGUGCAACACCUAAUCUAAACCAGUCUAUGUUUUGGAAUUGUCAGCGAGUACUGGAUUGUUUUGAUUUGAAUGAUGUAAGCCCAUAUCUCUCGGUGACUCGAGUUCUCAAUGCAAGCUGCGCUUGUGCCCAAACCCCAAUACCCGAGACCAAAAGGGAGGAAUGUCGUACCAGUGCUAUUAAACCGCCUGUGGGAAUGAUAUGGGCAUGUUCAGAUGGAAAUUUACAUACUGAACUGCCGUAUAGCAAUGUGCAUCACAGUCGUGUCAAACGCCACUCUGAUGCUAUCUUUACUGACCGCUAUAGCCGCCUUCGAAAGCAGAUAGCCGCAAAAAAAUACUUAGGUUCAGUGCUACCUAAAGGGAAAACUGAGGGAGAACUAGAUCCUGCUAAACUCCAAGAUGAAACAGGAGUCCUUGAACCUUCUUUUCCAAAAACCCAUAUUAAUGUGCCUCUACAAUGCACCCUGGGCAUACCUACUCUUUGCCCACAGUGGCGUGAUUCCCCAGUCACGCCAAAAUAUUGGACACACCACAAAACAGAUGACAUCACAGCGUGGGAAAAACCUGGAUUUUGCACUGGGACCUCAUGGGCCCUUGAAGGCAUGUUCUCUUUAGGAGCAGUGAACGCACCAAACCGGGCCAUAUUAAGCAAAUUAACAUACCAGGCUGAGGCUUUAGUGAAUGCCACCCACAAUUCUGUUGGGUUAAUUAACAAACAACUUCAAGCUACAUCUAAAAUGACAUUGCAAAACCAUCUUACAUUAGAUUUGUUGCUACUAAAGCAAAAGGGGGUGUGUGGCUAUUUAGGCUCAUCAGAAAAUGAUUGCUGUAUCUUUAUACCAAACGUAACUUCUGAUUUAGAACCACAAUUACAUUCCAUGCAGCUUGUGGCCCAAGACACUCGGGAAUUAAGGGAUAUUAUGAGCAACAGUUUAUUAGGGAAAUUAGUUAACAAAUUUGGUUUUUCUGUGGCAGGCUGGAUUCAAAGUUUGUUACAAUGGAUACUGGUUAUUAUCAUUAUUAUAACAGGAAUAAGCAUUACUGUAAAGCAUAUCAAAUGAAAUAUGACUCAAGCAGUCCUAGAGAUAACUGUAACACCAGUGGAUAUGCCACACCCUGGACCUGUAUGUUAAACUGUUUCUAUUGUAUCAUUUGUUGUUGUUAAAUCUGUAAGGGUUCAUUUUUGGGGUGUGACUACGGUCACAGGGUGGAAGUGUGGUGGUAACCCCCCCACUGGGAAUAAUGGGUAGACCUCGUGUCUCUCUGCCCUGUCUGUAAUUGACCCCAUCGACCGAAAUCUGCCUGCUCGCAGUUUCCCCCCCAACUUGGCACCCCAGCAACAGGGUCCUGAGUGGCAGAGCUGAAGACCUUAGGACCCACCAGAGGAAGGAGCCAGGUACCUGUCAACCCGGGGAACGUUGGAGACUUCGCCAUCACCUUCGAGCAUGCUCCAAACUACCACCAAGUAAGGUGUAUGACCACACCCCACCCCAAACAGGCUAUAUAAGGCAGCACAGCGGAGGAGACUUUGGAGCGCUGUGUGUCAGCGGGAGAAGAUCCACCUGACUCGAAGCAGCUGGUCUGCGGAGGCGGCCUACGCUCCCCUCUGGGUCGGGACGCCGAUCCAGAGCUGUGGUGGCGUCCGGCAGCAUCUAACCGGUGCAACCCGCUGUUACGGCGAGCGAGUGGAUUGCCACCCCACCCAUAAUCCGGGUAAAGGAGGGCUUGGAGGGAACUGGGAGAUUUGCCUUUCUCCUCUCCUUCUCCUCUCCUUCUCCCCCCACGUGUUGGUCAUUUGAAAGGCCUGUCGUAUUUCAUAAGAGUUCUUGCUCCGUAGAGGCUCAGAUAGCAAUUGCCUAUUUGGUGAUUUGUUCUUUGUUUGUGCACCUACUUACUUACUUGCCUUAUGUAAAUAGUUUGGCGUCCUGUGUUGUUGUGACUAGAAGAUAGAUGCGUUAAUGUGUAUUGUUACGACUGAUCCUCCAUACUGUUAAUCACUAUUGAAUAUUUUCAUUGAUAGUUGCUAGUUAUUAUUUGUUGAUUGUUUGUUACUAUAUUGUGAAUGUUUACCAUCAGCAAACCCUGCUCCAAAGACACCCAAAGAACCUGAGAGGUGGGCAGGGGUUAGUUUAAUAAAAGAGUUAAAGACACCAUGGCUCGGUUUCUCUUCAGGCAC